UCCCUUCUCCCAUGUCCUACAGCAUCCCCUGGCCUGUGUGUAUGGAAACCAAGUUCACUUUCUCCUGGGCAAGCAGAGAGGGGGCCUUUGAUUCGAGGGGCAAGGGGAGGAGGGCAGAGUGUGCACUAUGGGACUGGGCCUCCUCUUCCUCACCGUGCUGGCCAUGCUGGUCUCCUGCGAGGACCCAGAAGCCCAGCUCUGCCUUGCUCCCUGUGGUCCCAGGAGACCUGGAUACUUACUGGUCUGGCACAGCACCCAUCUGCGUGGGGGGCUGCAAGGGGAAGCACAAGGAGCUGAAGAGGAGCCAGUGCGGGAACGGCAGCUGCUGCUGGCUGGGCUACAAGUCCUUCUGCCGAGUGAACUGUGGGCGACCCGAAGCGGACUUCAACUCGGUGGUGUAUGGCAACGACUGGUGGGUCGGUUCAGUGGUGCGGUACAGCUGCCGGCCUGGAUUCCUGCUGCUGGGGGACCCGGCCAGUGCCUGCCAGUCCAAUGGACGCUGGACCCCCAAGCCCACCUGCCUCCGGAUCUGCCUGCGAGGUCGGAUCGAGAUCAGUGAGCGGGACAUUACCGGGAGGUGCUCUUCGUCUUGCAGCACCCAGGCCCACCUGGGGGCCUUCCUCAACCGUGGCUGCAUCAAGAUCUCAGCCUGUGUCACCAAGUACUCAGGCUGGGCCCGCUGGUUCCUGCGCUGCGACAUCUGUGAGUGCGACUGCCACGUCCCAUGCGCUUCCUCUGGGUAGAGCUGGGCCGUCUGGGGCUGUGGCUGCUGGCCCCACGCCAAGGGAGGCUUCCACCCCGGAUGUCUGCUUCCCUUCGCCAUGUGUCUCCAUUGCUGCGCUCCUUCCAUAAGCUCCGUCUGUCCCAAGGCUUUCAUCUGAGAGGAGAGGAGAUGUUUUGGACUCACUGUCUUUCAGGGCUGCCUCCCUGCCUGGCCCCAUCCCUUGAGUCUCCAGCGGCAGGAGAUGCUCUGUGAGCAGCAGGCACUGGAGAGCUGCACGUGUUUCCUGUAGCUCGGCUUGGGAUCAUUGGUGUCUUGGCCUCCAUUUGCCUGGCUGCUUCCUAGGGGAGGUUCAUAUCCCCUUUUAGGGGGGAGGUAGCAUGUAUGCCUGUGCCUGUUGCAGGAGUAUCUAUCCCAUCUGUGCUGCAGGUUGUGAUUUCUCGCUGCCAGAUAUUUCCUGCACAUGGGCCAGGCCCUGGGCUGAGAGGUAGAUCUGCCCUCUGGGCUUGCUGCAGCUGUCAGGCAGAGUGUAACCCUGUGCUAUGCCACCUCUCUUCUCAGGAGUGGGUUUCUGACCACGCUCCUUUCCCUAAACUAUUUGUUCUCCCCACUGGCCCUUCACUUCUCACUGGAGCAAUGCUCAGUGGGCUGCACUCAUGCUGAUGGUGGUACCUGGCUCCAGCCAGGAACAGCCCUGUGCUCCCUGGGGACCGCCGUGGCUCCCUCUGAAGCAGCAAUGGAAAAGCUAAAAUUUUUAUUUGCCCAGGGAAGGGGAAGGUCGUCUGGAGCACAUGUGAUGGGAUUGCCAGGGGAUCUGGAGGACCAGCAGCACCACCAUGGGUAAUUAAAAAUAUGUUUACAGGAAAU